AGCUGCUCAAACUUACUCCAUGUGUCGAUGGGAUGAGUGCGUAUGGCAUUGCGGAGCUUCUUCGCAAUCCUCGCGGUGGGCCUGGGGCAUGUCAUUGACCAGUCCAAGUGUGACUGCUGCGAUGAGUACACCUUGCACGCCUACGCGGGGGAGCUGAACCGGCACUGCUUCCCGGCGGCCUUGCUGUCCGAACGCCAGGACCUGAUCUUGGGGGAGGCCGGCGAUGGCAGCCCCUCCGUGCCGCAGGAGGCCCUGGAGAUCCUCUGCGCCAGCGCGCUGUGCCGGAGCUCCGUGCUGCGCUUCUGGGCCCGCGUGCGGGGCUGCUCCGAGAGCAGCGCCUGGAAGCGCUACGGCCUCGCCUGGGCGCAGGCGAAGCUGCGGUGCAUGCGGGUGGAGGAGGCGCAGUACCAAGUGCUGAUGCAGGCCACCUUUGCACGGGACGUCGGCGGAGGCACCGACUCCGGCACCUUAGAGGCGACGGCCUCCGCGGUGAAGGAGGCCCUGCAGAGGUCGAUGCAACCCCCAGGUGGCGCCGCCUUGACUCUGCGCGUGCAGCUGGCGCUGGCGGCCUAUGGCCCACCCGUGGAGCCCCCGAUGCGCUUCGCGCUGGCGACCCCUGAGACCACCCGCUGCCCUCAGCUGGUGACCGCCUUCCCCUGGGACGGCGAGGUCAACGUGGAGCCCGGGCUCCGGUACCUGGUGCUGCACCUGGACCGCUGCGUGCAGGGCACCGAGGCCACGCUGCUGGGCCGCGGCAGCGCCGCGGGCCGCGCGGAGGACGGCCGCGGCGCCGGGCGGCGCCUGGCCGUGCUGCCUGCGCUGACGGAGGAGAUGUGCUCCAGGGAGGUGAUCCGAGCAGUGCUGCCGUCGGGACACACGCUGCCGGGAAGGACGCUGAUCUUUGAGCCCGAGCGGCCGCUGUCUGCAGGCUGCUGCUACAGAUUUCAUCUGGACAGGGAGGCAGUGAAGGCCUGCAACAACCAGCACUCCUUGUGCCAGGAUCUCAAGGUGGACUUCUGUGUGGAGUGGCCGUCGCCACGGCCCGUUGGGCACUUGGAGGAGGAUCGAUUCUUCCACAUCGCCUUCAGUGUGCCGGUGAAGCUCAACGAGACCAACGCCAAGGUUCGCCUGGAGGCCGGCCCGGAGCAGGGGGACAAAGUCACCGCCUGGUUCCUGCCGCACCCCAGCGAUCAUACGGUCUGGAUGACGGCGGACGGGAAUUUGACCCAUGGCCAGGUGGCCGAUCACUCCGACGGCUCCGGGCGCCUGGAUGGGCAGACCGUCUACUGCGCCCACAAAGCCCGCGGCGAAGCGGGGAACGGCCAGAGCUGCAGCGACUCCAGGAGCUUCGAGGUGGACCUUUGCUCCGUGGCCACCAACUGCCCGGACCGAAAGAGCCUGCCCUGCGGCAUGGUCUUGCGGGCCUAUUUUCCGGCCGGGCUGGGCAUCAGCGAAAACGUGGGCUCCAGGCAAGACACCCAGAGCUUCCGCACCCGGCCCUGCGACCCGCCUCACCUCUUGAACUCCCUGCGCCUGAGCGAUGAUGGGGAGACGCUGUACUUCUCCUGGUCGCAGCCCGCGGAGGUGGCGGAGCCCGGCGCGAAGAUCUCCCUGUGCCGGGCCGGGGGCGCGACGCGCUGCUUCCUGGAGAAGACCGUGGCGGACCCAGAGGUGACUCCGUGCAUCACAGGGCCGGACAGCUGCAGCGAGUGGUCCUUGGACGUGCGAGGGCUGAAAGCCUGCGGCCAGCUGAGUCUGCAGGUGGAGGCGGGUGCGGUGCGUGCCUUAACCCACCCGCUGAGCUCGUUCGCUGGCCUGGCGCAGAUGACGCACCCCGUGCCCUGCGGGUCUGGGAGUUUGGCCUACGACGAGGUGCCGAAGCUCCGGUGCCUGGAGCUGACGGACCCGGUGGUGCUGGUGCCUGGGCAGUCCAACGCCAACUUCCACGGGGAUUUGUUGGCCACCCAUGUGGUGCUUCAGGCGGCGGACACGCGGGGCGCCUUCCUGGCCGCGCUGAGGAAAGGGCCACACACCACGCCCUGUGCCAUCGUGCCCAAGGUGGCCAUGAAGUUCUGGAGCGGCGAGGAGCGCAUGAUCUUCGAGUACGUGCGGAAGGGGGGGCAGCUCUAUAGCAUCGGGGGCCACCAGAACCGGGCACUGCUGGAGGUCUUCGGCCUCACGGCGGCGCACGGCCACUCGGGGAAUUUGCAGUUCUUGCAGGACAUGGGCGGGGAGGCCGACCGAAAAGCGGAGAAGUGCGGAUUUCUGCCAAAGCUGCCGGUGCUGAAUUCCAUGAGCUCCGUCAAGCUGGGCGCCGAUGCGCGCGCUCAUCACUUUGGGCAAGUGGUGCGCGGCAAAGGUCUCUACGCCGCAGAAGAGACCUACUCGGAGUACAACAGCUUUGGCGUGGUGGAGGUGGAAGUGGGUCAUGGGGUGCUGGACUACUUCGCCUUCGACUGGUUCGACGAGGUCCAGGAGGACCGACGGCCCUGGGCCAUGCAGUUCGCCCUACUGGCCCAGUGCAACGCAGAGCACCGGCCCCACGUGUCCGCAGCUCCAGCGCAGCCACAGGCUUGGCCGGGAGCUCCCGGGGCCGGAGCUGCCGCGCCGUCUGCGGUGGCCGCGGCCGCGGCGUACCCCGUGGCGGCGGGAGGACAGCCAUUUGCCCCGGAUCAGCAGCCCUCGGCAGAUCAGUACGCGCAGUAUGCGCAACCGGGCCGCUUGUUGGCGGAAAAGGAGGAGCACCCGGAGUUGAAGGCGCUGGACGCUUGGGAGGCCGCCAGCCCGGUGACCGGCGAUCCCGUGGAGCCGGAUCUGGAGAUCUCCAUCGCCAUGCCCUGCGAACUCCAAGGUGAGCCCAACUGCGAAAAGGUGCGCCAGACCAUGGUGCAGCAGCUCUUGGAGGGCUCGGCCUUCUAUGAGACGCUCCAGGACGGCGGCAUCCAGUUGGAGCUCUCCCACUUCGCUCCGCCCCACGUCAUCCGAGUCCUGUCCCGGUGCCCGCCCUUGGAGGACAUCGCGGAAGGUCUGCUCUACAUGAACGCCGCCUGUGACUUUGGGGCCGAGGGCCAGGACCGCUUUACCAGCUCCACGGCCUUCUUGCGAAAGCACCUCAUCCAGUCGCGGCUGGGGGUGGAGGUGUUGACCAAGGAGCUGCGGCACCAGGUCUGCCGAAGCCCCCUUUGCCGUGGCCACGUGCUGCACCUCCGCAAGAAGCUCGAGGGCUGUGAAGACCUCGGACACGAGGUCCACGCCGCGUCGGUUUCGCGGAUCGUGGGGGCGGUGGCUUUGGGCAUGGAGAGCUGCCUGGAGGUGCACAGCGUGGUGCAGGGGGACGCCACCCACGGCGAAGUGGCCGGCGAGUCGGGCCGAGCGGUGGGAGUGUGGUCCAGCGACAUGAGCGAGGUGAACGUGGUGCGAUUGCAGGGCCUGGACACGGGCAGCCCGGCGGAGAUGCGUGCGGUGGAGCACGGGGCGCGGCAGAUCUUGGCGAAGGAGCUGAAGCUGCCCUUCUUCGCCUUCGAGGAGCGUGGCGGGAGCUUCGCGGAUGUCUUUGACCCACUGCUGGGGGGGCCCAAUGUCUUUGUGCAGGACCGGAACUUGCGCGUGGCCGCGCAGCUGACGCCCCUGGUGAGCUCCGAGCCCUUCGAUGAAGCGGUGGGGCUUCUGGAGGGCGAGGACUUGCCCAUCCACCAGAGCCCCAUGUAUGAGACCCAGCAUAACCUGCAGAUGUUGGCUCUGCAGCCGGCCUGGGGGCAGCAGAACGUGGACCCCUCCUCCCUUCGCCUGCGGGUCAUCUUCGAGGAGAUCGUCACGAAGGACGACCUCUCCGCGGUGAUCCGCGUAUUCCCAAAAGCCCUGCGGGAGAUAUGCCUCAGUUUGCAGGCGGACGAUCCCUUGCAAUGGCAGCGCUUCCCGACCCAAACCGGCCUCGGGGACCUCGAACCCGCGGAUGGAGCACAGGACCCAAGGGACGUGGAGUCGCUGCCCGUGGGCUUCCUGUGCCACACGAUCUCCGCGGGGGACGAAAGUCGGGUGCUGGCCAGCGGGGAGGUGCUGCAGCUGGAGCUGAGGCACCCGCUGCUGCGGAACACCGAGUACGUGGUCCAGCUUCCGCCACGCGUGGUGAAGGCAGCUAUGGGCAGCACUCGCUUCCCAGGGGCCUUGUGGGCCGGGUGGCCGGCGGAUGAGGGCCAGGGCAACAAGGAGUACGUCUUCAGCACGGGGCUGCCCCUCGCGUCCAACGCGCGCCUGGCCUUGGCGGUGAGCUGCGGCUCCGAGAAGGAGUGCCGCAGAGCGCGGAAGCUGCUCAGCGAGACAGGCAUGGCCGACCUCGCUUUGAGGGCGAAGUGCUACGCCUUGUGGUGGCGAUGCCACCAGGACCCCAUCGCGCCCAAGCACUGCGAGCGCCCCAGCGAGAUGUCUUGGUGCGACGUGGGGGGCAGCUGGUCACCGUCCUGGGCGCCACCGCGAGAGGAAGAGGAAGAGGAGGAGCUGAGUGGAGUGGCAGACCAGGCUGUGUCGGAGAUGCAGUCCAUCACCUUGCCCUCCUGGGUGUACAUUUUGGCGCUGGUGGCCUGGGUGCAAGGCACCUUCGCCACGCUGCGGGGGGCCUGGUGGGUGGCCGAUUUGUACGUCCAGAGCCGGGACUUCGACCCCUUCGUGGCCCAGGGCACCCGCAGUCUGCCCCUCAAGGUCUGCGCGGUGGCCAUGGGCCUGCCGCUGCUGACGGGGCUGCUGGGGGCGCUGCUGGCGGCGCCCUUGUUUCGGCUCACGGCCAGGGACAACUGGCGCUCCGGGCUUGGGGGGUCCUCGGCCAUGGUGGAGGCCGGGCGCCUGCACGAACAGCUGGCGGCCUCCUUUACGGCCACCAUUUGCGUGAGCGAGGCGUGUUUGGCGGUGCUCAGCUACAGCGUCAUCGCAAGGUUCAAGAGCUGGGUGGCGGACAAGGGCCAGCUCCUCGCCAUCUUCACUUUGUGCUGCGCCGGCGCGGGCGCCGCCGGGUCCGCCUGCGGCUGGGUGGGCGCAUCCGAUCUCCACCAGAUGAACGACCCCAGCGAGGGCCUGGCGUGGGACGUCUUCGUGCUGCUGCUGAGCGCCGGGAUGGCCCAAACUUUGUCGCUGGCGCUGAUGCCCUGCGCCAUCUUCCUGCUGCUCUGCGAGACCCCAGGAAUCGGAGACAUCCUGUCCUACGCGCUGAAGUUCCAGGCCUUCCAGUGGCGGCAAUGGUUCGAGCACGGCACGGGACAGGGCCUCUGGUCGGAGUUUGUGCUGCUCAUCGCCGAUAUCGAGGUGGACGAAGGCUUCAUCUCCAACAUGCUGGACAUGGGAAUGGACGACGGGCACCUCUUCAUCAAGUUCUACUGCUCCGCGACCCCCCACGAUGUCUCGGCCACCCGCAGUCACGCGGUGCGCUGGGAGGGGGAUCAGUCAGGCGCCCAGACCUUCGAUGGCGAGGACAUCUUUGUGAACUUCCAGGACCCGUUGACCCUCUUGCGGGUGGACGUGAUGUUCCAGGAGGAGACGGCCUCGCGCCCCGAGUGCGUGGCGACCACCAUCUGGGACCCAUGGGUCACUCCGUUGCUGGACAAAUACUUCGAGAACUUCAAGCUGUGCGACGCGCGGGCGAACCACGGGAGCUUUUGGAACCCGAAGGAUUUGUUCCACUCAGAUGGCCGGCCCUUGGACGGGGUUUUCCUGCAGCUGGAGCUCAACCUCACGCGACACCGCACGGAGUGCAUACCGGAGAUGGGCUCCCUGCGCUUCCGGGCCACCCACCUGGGUGGCUUUGGGGGCGCCCGCAAGAGCCGGUCCGAGCCGGGGGUGAAGCCGGAGCGGCUCAUGGCGCUGGGCGACACCAUCCAUGGCAGGGACAACAUCUUCAACAGGCGUCCUAUCGUGGAGGUGCAGAAGUGCGACUUCUACGACGGGAAGUUCCGGCGGUCUGUGGAAGAGGAGGAGGAGGAGAGGAAGAGGAUGGCGCAUCGCCAGCAGCUGAGGCACCAGCUGCUGCACGAGACAUCCUCACCUAUGUCCCCGCACUCGGUGAGGUCACCGCAGUCGCAGAUCUACUCCCCUGCGAGUUCGCCCUUGUCCAUGUCCCCGGUGUCGCAGAUGCGGCAGCCAUUGACCGGCGACACCCGCGACCCAAGGUACCCAGGCGGCCCUAUGGCCGGCCCGCCCAGCCCUCUGCCCAUGCGGCAGAGUCCCCGCUGGGUGUCGCCGGGCGCCUCCCCUGCGCGGACCCUGGAGCCGGCGCCGGCGGUGCAGUCGCCAGCCUCGCGUUCGCAAGGGCGGCGCGAGGAGGGCGGCCAGGGCUUGGGGGACUGGCUGAAUGACACCCUGGACUCGCUGGGGCUCUAGGAGAGGCUAGACUCACUUCCCGAGUUCCUGAACU